AUGCAUCCGUGUCUUGAAAUACUUGAACUUCUGGAACAAAUCGUGUCCCAUGUUGAAGACAAAGAUUCUCUCGCUAAGUUUGCUCGGGUGUGUAGGUCGUUCCAGGAGCCGGCGCUAGAUGCGCUUUACAUCAACGUUGAAUGCUUCUUCGAGUUCUUCGUUUCUCUGUCGAGUGACGUGUGUUACUUGACGGAUUUUGUUACCCAAGAAUCCAGGCUAUCCCUUGCACACGCGGAGCUCGAGGGUUUCACUAGAAGGAGGCUGGUAGGUGCUGUGCAUAUUCUUACUUUCGCCACGUUUAUCAGCGAGCAUGUUCAGAUGUUCAAACGAGACAUUUCUCCAUCGGAAUGGAGCGCCUUGAUAACGCGCGCUGCACGGGUCAAGACUAUUCGCCAAACCAUCUACCAGAGAAGCUCGAGCAAGAUACUGUCCUCAAUAGACGUCGUUGACGCUUUGAACAAGUGUCCGGUACCCAAUCUAUUCCCGAAUCUCCGCGCAUUAUACUACAUCCUACCCUUUGGGUCUCUAAAUCCCCGUCUUUUACUUGGUCCACAGCUUCGGCAUUUGAUCAUCGCUGAAACUGCAGUCGCAUUAUGCGCUACGCUGCCGAUGCUGCCGAUGUGGUGUCCUCUCCUCGAAACACUGAACACAGCAUCCGUGUCAUCGUGGACGCCCUCUGAGCUUGUACAUGCAUCAAAUGUUGUCGUGCAAUGGAGGCAUCUCAGAUCCCUCUCGAUCGGCCCCGUAAACGAACCAAUCUUGACCCAUAUCGCAUCCCUUCAACCGUUUCAUCGGCUCGCACUUGAUGCGCUCACUGAUUCUUCUCCUUGGCUUAGGACCACUCAAACAAUCCAUAUACGGAACGUCGACCGUCUAAUCAUCUCCGGAGACACGCUGCAGACUUGCGCCGAAGCGCUGGGAAAACUCUUUUCUCCUCCUCCAGGAAUAAAUGCUGGAACAACCAGAGUUUCCGAGCUCAACCUUAGAGGAAAGUCGCCCUCUUUCUCAGCAAUCGCUGCUGCUAUCAACACAUACAUUUACCCAGAAAAUCUAACCCGACUCUCCAUUGCGAUGAUUGGCAGCGAACCCGACUCAUCUACAGGAUUUGAUAUCAGAGACUUUCCUCGCUUCUCUCAGCUGAGAAGGUUUUCAUACCUUUAUAGGCCCUCGGACCAGGGAAAUCACGUCGUAACCGCUGAACAGACACUAGCUGCCAUCUCGCAUUGGCCCCUUCUUGAAGAGCUCCACAUUUACCCCACCAUCAAACCACCUCUAUCUUUUGUAGACCUAAUGACCGUGUUUUGGCGGUGCCCUCAUCUUCGUGACUUGGGACUUACCGUCUCUGUUUGCUUAGAAGACGUCGUUACUGUCUUGGGUUCUCCAGAGCUCAAAGCGAGAAAUGACCACAUCUCAACGAUGCGCUUCGAGACUGCGCCGGGGACCACACUCGAUGUAAAGACGGUCGUCGCUCUUCUCCGAGAGACAAUACCACAGCUUUCUACUAUCAAUGCACUAGACUCGGACGCCCACUUUUGGGACGCAGUUUCCAACGGUUUGCGGAGGCAGCCACAGGAUGAUGUACUUCACUGA